AUGGUAAUGGAAGCGAGAGUAGCAGGUGUUCCACUUCCCAAGGUGGAAUGGCUCAAGAACGGCAAACCAUUUCAAAACUAUCGGGCAAAGAUCGAACACGAUUCUCAAACGGGUAUCGUAUCGCUGACAAUUCCCCAGAUGUUUAAUGACGAUAUCGGCGAAUACACAUGUAAAGCCAGUAAUGUCCAUGGUGAAGCCACUUCUACUGCGCAGCUACUUGCAAAAGAACAGUACGAUCGAUGGUUCACUGAAGAACAAACACGUUUGACUAGAGACAGAAGACAAGCACAGCCCUAUGGUAUCUCUGAGUCGGAAACGGAACCCGAGCUCGCAUCGUUCGACACCAAAGGAGCGCCAGGUUCAAGACCUAUUGUACGAUCUCCACCCCGGGGUCUCCGUCUUACCGAAGGGACCGAUGCGAUUCUGCAAGCCAAUAUUGUGGGAAAUCCAAAACCUAGAAUAUACUGGCUUUUCAAUGGCGCGCCAGUUCGAAUGAGUGGAUCACGAAUACAAAUGACAUAUAGAGAUUCCUAA